AACCAUUGCAUUGCAAGAAGAAGCAAGCAACUAAUUAUAUAGCUUAGCUUAAUGGCGUCGACUCACAGCUCGCGCCGCCUCGACGGCACACUGUUUGCGCUUCUGCUCGUGCUUGCGGCCGCCACCGCCUUUGUCAGUGCUGCCGCGGCGCGAGGGGACGCGCUGGCCGCCCGGCACGAGCGGUGGAUGGCCAAGUUCGGGCGCGAGUACACGGACGCUGCCGAUAAAUUACGCCGGCAGGAGGUGUUCGCGGCCAACGCGCGGCACGUCGAGGCUGUCAAUCGAGCGGGCAACCGGACAUACACGCUCGGCCUCAAUCAGUUCUCGGACCUCACCAGCGAAGAGUUCGCGGAGAAGCACCUCGGGUACCGCCACCAGCACGGCGUGGACAGCACGCCGGUGGCCGCGGUGAACAUGUCCAAUGCUCAGUUCGACUCCACGCCGGACAGCGUGGACUGGAGGGCCGCGGGUGCCGUCACCCAAGUCAAGAACCAAGGCUCAUGCGGUUGUUGCUGGGCGUUCGCGGCGGUAGCGGCGACGGAGGGGCUCGUAAAGAUAGCCACUGGCAACCUCAUCUCCAUGUCAGAGCAGCAGGUGCUGGACUGCACGGGCGGCGCCAACUCCUGCAACGGCGGCGACAUCAACGCCGCCCUAAGCUACGUCGCCUCGAGCGGCGGCCUUCAGCCAGAGGAAUCCUACGCGUAUACCGGCCAGCAGGGCGCGUGCCGCAGCAGCAGCGCCAGCCCAAACUCGGCCGCCUCCAUCGGCGCCCCCCGAAUGGUGGAACUGCACGGCGAUGAAGGCACCUUGCAGGAGCUCGCGGCCAGACAGCCGGUGGCCGUGCCCGUGGAGGCUGACCGUGACUUCCAGCACUAUAUGAGGGGCGUGUACACCGGCAGCUCGUCGUGUGGACAGAACCUGAACCACGGCGUGACGGUGGUGGGCUACGGGACGGACAGCGGCGGGCAGGCGUACUGGAUGGUGAAGAACCAGUGGGGGACGGGGUGGGGCGAGGGGGGCUACAUGCGCCUCACGCGCGGGAACGGCGGCAACUGCGGCAUGGCCACCUACGCCUACUACCCGACCAUGGACGGCUCUUAAACACCACUACUACUGUACAUCAGUCGGUCCAUGCAUCAUCGAGUACUAUAGUUUAUCAGCACCAUGCAGUAUAUACGGAUUUACUUUCUGAAUAAAGCAUGGAUCCUUGUAAAAAAGAUCCAUUUGCCUAUGUAA